AUGGAUAAGAAGAAGAAAGCAGCGCAGCUGAAGAAGAGGAUCGCAGAAGAGCACAUAAAGGCGUUGGAGAAAUUCGAGUCCUCGUUCACGGAAAGUGUCACAAAUGAAGUGUCUGAUGCGUUAGAGUGCUUAGAACGGUACAAGGACGAUUAUUUUGGCGCGAUUACGCAGUUAAUGGAGCUGGACGAUAGCUCUCAUUUGCUACGUAAUUGUCCGGCCUUUCUCACCAACGAUACACAACAGCGGCGGGACAUUGUAAAGUCAAAGGGAUUAUGUUGGAACUGCCUCAGUGGUUCUCAUCAGGUUAAAGGGUCAUCACAACCGAAGAUUACUAUGGCGGCUCAAUCGGAGGACGAAAUGGUGUUCUUGGAAACGGCCAUAGUGUAUAUUUUGGACGAUUAUGGAAGGCAGCACGAGGCAAGAGCACUGCUUGAUUCGGGCUCGAUGUCUAACUUUGUUUCGGAAGCUCUGGCUAGGAAACUAAUGACCACCCGCACCAAGGUGAAUGUUUCCGUUUCUGGCAUCGGGAAAGCUAUUCAACAUGUAAGGGGAUCGAUCACGGCAACCGUUCGAUCCAAAACUCAACACUUCGCCACUCAGUUGGAACUACUUGUAUUGGAAACACCGUCAUCGGACAUACCAACUUCACCAAUCGAUGUAUCAUCCUGGGACAUGACGAAUGUGACACUAGCGGAUCCCACGUAUCACAUUCCUGGCAGGAUUGAUGUCGUCAUAGGUGGUGACGCUUUCUGGGAGCUACACACUGGGCACAAGCGUUCAUUGGGCCCUGGUAGACCAUGGCUAGUGGAGACGCAUUUCGGAUGGGCUGUAGCAGGAAAUACAUCGCAGUCAUCACACACAUCUCGUAUAUGUCAUAUUGUAACGACCGAGCAAACAUUGGAAGCAAUAAUGACACGGUUUUGGGAAAACGAGACCAUACCGGAUGAUCCUGUUUAUUCGGUGGAAGAGGACAGCUGCGAGAAACAUUACGUAUCUACUACAACUCGUAAUGCAUCGGGGAGGUAUGUUGUUUGCUUGCCAAUUAAUCCUAUUCCGAGUAUCGUUUUAGGAUCCUCGAGAGAGAUCGCAAAACGCAGGUUCCUUGCAGUAGAACGACGUUUGGAAGCCAACCCUCAGAUGAAGGGACCAUAUUCUGCGUUUAUGAAGGAAUACGAGAAAUUGGGGCAUAUGAAGAAAAUGCCUAAUCCUGUUGAUGAUGAUUGCCCUCACUACUACCUUCCUCACCACGCAGUUUUUAAAGAGAAGAGUACCAGCACAAAGGUUCGAGUUGUGUUCGAUGCGUCGUGCAAGACCUCUACCGGUGUCUCUUUAAACGACAAGCUUCUUGUUGGUCCCGUUAUCCAGCAAGAUCUUUUCACCAUCAUGCUGCGCUUUCGAUCUCACGCAAUUGCUAUUACCGCGGACGUCGAAAAAAUGUACCGGCAAAUCCUUCACGACAGUCGAGAUAGAAACUUUCUGCGCAUUCUGUAUCGAGAGAACCCGAAUGAUCCUAUAGAUACCUAUGAACUACAGACGGUCACUUAUGGCACUGCUUCAGCUCCGUUUUUGGCGACUAGGACGUUGCGGCAGAUCGCACAAGAUCAUCAGGACGAGUACCCACGGGCAGCGAACUCGAAGAUCUAUCAGAUGCCAUCAAGAUUCAAAGGGAAAUCUCCGCAAUGUUACGUUCGGCGGGAUUCGUGUUGA